AUAAGGAAACUGAGGCCCACAGAGGUCAAAUGACUUGCCAAAGGCCACACAAAAUCUGAGUGCCUGGAAGCUGUAGAUUGGAGAAUGGACUGGCCCAGGUGGAACAGCACAACUUCCAAAGUGUCCCCUCUGAUGCAGAGGAGGGUUGGGGCUAAAUCACCAACAUCCAUUUCUUUCUCAUCUUGGAGCGUUUACACCCUACCAGGCACUGUUCUAACUGCUUUGCAUAUAGUGACUCAUUUAAUGACCACAACAGCCUUCUCGGGUGGAACUCCAUGUCCACCUAGACGGAGCUAUCAAGCCUGAAACCAUCUUAUACUACGGCAAGAAGAGAGGGAUCUCCCUCCCUGCCGAAACUGUGGAGGAGCUGCUGAACAUCAUUGGCAUGGACAAGCCACACUCCCUCCCGGGCUUCCUGGCCAAGUUUGACUACUACAUGCCUGCUAUCGCGGGCUGCCGGGAGGCCAUCAAAAGGAUUGCCUAUGAGUUUGUCCAGAUGAAGGCCAAGGAGGGUGUGGUGUACGUGGAAGUGCGAUACAGCCCACACCUGCUGGCCAACUCCAAAGUGAAGCCCAUCCCCUGGAACCAGGCUGAAGGGGACCUUACCCCAGAUGAGGUGGUGGUCUUAGUGGCCCAGGGCCUGCAGGAAGGGGAGCGAGACUUUGGGGUCAAGGUCCGGACCAUCCUAUGCUGCAUGCGCCACCAGCCUGACUGGUCCCCCGAGGUGGUGGAGCUGUGUAAGAAGUACCGGCAGAACGUGGUGGCCAUUGACCUUGCUGGAGAUGAGACCAUCGAGGGAAGCAGCCUCUUCGAGGGCCACUUGAAGGCCUACGAGGAGGCUGUGAUGAGCGGCAUUCACCGGACUGUCCACGCUGGGGAGGCCGGCUCAGCUGAAGUAGUGAGAGAGGCUGUGGACAGGCUCAAGACGGAGAGGCUGGGACACGGCUACCACACCUUGGAGGACGAGGCCCUCUACAGCAGGCUGCGGCAGGAAAACAUGCACUUCGAGGUCUGCCCCUGGUCCAGCUACCUCACAGGCGCCUGGAAGCCGGACACCGAACAUGCAGUCAUUCGGUUCAAAAAUGACAAGGCUAACUACUCGCUCAACACAGAUGACCCUCUCAUCUUCAAGUCCACCCUGGACACUGAUUACCAGAUGACCAAACAGGGCAUGGGCUUUACCGAAGAGGAGUUUAAAAGACUGAAUAUCAAUGCAGCGAAGUCCAGUUUCCUCCCAAAGGAUGAGAAGGAAGAGCUUCUGGAUCUGCUCUAUAAGGCCUAUGGGAUGGCAGCUCCAGCCUCUCAGCAAGCAGUGCUGCACCCAUGAGGACACCACAGCUGCCUCUCUGAGCCCUUGCCUUGUGGACAGAGUCUUCGUAACUGUCGAGUCGCGAACACGUUUACCUUCAUUCCAUCUAGGAAGACUGGUUCAGUAGUCAGCUGAAGCUCUUGAAGCCUGAGUGCCUGUUGUACACGUGUACCUCAGUGUGGCCACAUAGCUCUCCUCUGAUUAUGUGCCUGGGCUGGGACCAGGGGCCUUGUCGAUAGGCUUGGCUGAAUGGGAACCCUCCUCCUGUGGUGAUCUGUGCUGAGAAUCUGGUGCUUAAUACAGAUGCUGAUGUUUAUGACUGUG